AGCUCCUCGGAUGUUGCCAUAUCGCUGGCAGCCAGAGAUUGCUGUGGUUGCAAAGACUCGGCUGCUGGGGUAGAAACCUCUUGUCUUUUUUUGGUAGAUCAGAUUCUGUCGUUUCACAUUUGCAGCUCCAGUAGCAGCAGAGGGAAGCUCCGUGUCCCUGCUCUCCUCUGCGGUAGUUUGUUUGUGUGUUGACGAGAGGCUGCCUCGCGCUAAUACGUUAGCUAACUAAAAAAAAAAAAUCACAGUUUUGUUGCAAAUUGGAGCAAUUAAACAGCUCGACGGGCAGCUAUGUGGCGUCAGACGGCCGCUCCACUUGACUGAGGAUGGGAAGAUUUAUCGGGCAACGCUAUCUCACAAGUUACACGUCGGAUACAUCGCACUCGGAGACAUUAUCUUCAGAGGAUAACCUGGAUAACCUUACACGAAAUGUCAUAGCGCGUAAGUAGCUAGCACUUAGCUAGCUGGGUAAUGGCUGGACGAGAUGGAGAAGGACCUAAUGUUAUCAUCAGCAGCAGCAGCCGACCAUGAACAGCUGGAUGGAUAGCUAAAGAAACACUUUAUCCGGGGAUGCUAUAGCCUCCUGGGUGGUCUAAUUCACUUACAUAACAGCUAGUCGCAACCGCUCUAGCUAUUACCAACUGGCGUGUGUUGGCAAAGCAAAUGGGAGAUUUGCCACCUAAAAUCUGGCUUGUCUCAACAUCAUCAUCAUCAUAAGUGACAAAGGCGUCGCUGCAUGUUUUGAGGCUGCAGAUAGACUUUUCCUCUGAUUCUUCAGGUCUUCAAUCUGACCUGCUUUGUCUAUAAAGUGCAAAGAAAGAAAAAAAAAAUCCACUGCACAGCAAAACGAGCAGCUCAUCCGUGUGUCUGCCUCGCAUCCGAAAGCCACAAACACUCCCCCCUGUCACAUCGACAACAUGAGGAAGUUCUUUGAUUCUCGUCGGGAGUUGGUCAGCUCUGGGCCUGGUUCUGGAGGAGGAGGUGGCAGCUCUGGAUCCAGUCAUGCAGGCGGAAAUUUCAUUGGACGAGCCUUCACAGUCGGACGGCAUCAAGUCACUGUGGAGGAGAUAAUUGCUGAAGGUGGUUUUGCAAUAGUGUUCCUUGUGCGAACAAAUCAAGGAGUGCGUUGUGCCCUGAAGAGGAUGUAUGUCAACAAUGAGCAUGAUCUGCAGGUGUGCAAAUGCGAGAUUCAAAUAAUGAAAGACCUUGUCGGUCACAAGAAUAUUGUUGGUUAUCUGGACUCCAGUAUCACCGCCAUGGGAUCGAGGGAUGUAUGGGAGGUUCUCAUACUUAUGGACUACUGCAAGGGAGGCCAGGUGGUCAAUUUGAUGAAUCAAAGGCUGCAGACUGGUUUCACUGAAGCUGAGGUGCUGCAGAUCUUUUGUGACACCUGUGAUGCUGUUUGUCGCCUGCACCAGCGCAAGUCGCCCAUCGUCCACAGAGAUCUAAAGGUGGAGAACAUCCUUCUGCAUGACAAGGGUCAUUAUGUUCUGUGCGACUUUGGCAGCGCCACUAAUAAGUUCCAGAGCCCACAGACUGAAGGAGUGGCAACCGUGGAGGAAGAGAUCAAAAAGUACACCACUUUAUCAUAUCGUGCCCCUGAGAUGGUGAACCUCUACAACAACAAGAUUAUCACCACAAAAGCAGAUAUCUGGGCGCUGGGCUGUUUGCUGUACAAGUUGUGCUUCUUCACUCUGCCCUUUGGUGAAAGCCAGGUGGCCAUCUGUGAUGGCAGUUUCACCAUUCCAGAUAACUCCCGCUACUCUUAUGAUCUUCACUGCCUCAUUCGGUACAUGCUGGAGCCAGACCCAGACAAAAGACCAGAUAUCUACCAGGUGUCCUUCUUUGCUUUUAAACUAGCACAGCGGACUUGCCCUGUACAGAAUGUGAAGAAUUCUCCAAUUCCCUCUAAACUUCCUGAGCCAGUCAAAGCCAGUGAGGCUGCAGCAGCAAAGAAAAACCAGGCUAAACCAAGACUGACAGAUCCUGUUCCCACCACUGAAACCUCCAUCACUCCCCGCCAAAGGCCCAAAGCAUCCCAUACCCAGCCUGCUGCUGGCAUCCUACCCAUCCAGCCUGCUGCUCUCACCCCUCGCAAGCGGGCUAAUCUCCCUGGUGGUGCAGCUCAGCCUGUGGGAGUUAGCUUAAACCUCUCUCAGCCAGCCGCAGCUCUCCAGUCGCAGAAGGCUCAGACUGCAGCUCUGCCACUCAUCCAGUCACAAAACUCCAGUCAGGCUGUGGCUGCACAGAAGCAGCCUGCAGCAGCCCCUACAGCAGAGACUACAGCAGCGACAGCAGUAUCCCCGGUGACCAAGGCUGACGUCCAACCACAAGCACAGCCAACAGUUCAGCAACAGACCACACCUCCCUCUGUGGUCAAUGCCGCCUCCCAGCAGGCAGCGCAAACUCCAUCCAGCCCGGCCCCACCUCAACGCCCAGCUCGACGCAAGCAGGCUGGCCAGGCUCAGCAGCCAGCGGCCCUGCCUUCGCCCAGCAAACCAGCCUCCGGUCAGCUGCCUGUGUCUGAGCAGCAGCAGAUAACUCAGCCACCAGCUGCCCAGGCUCAGACUGGCUCCACUGAGAUCAGCCAAAAAGCAGCUGAGACGACUCCACCUGCUUCUCCAAAGACAACUGAGGAACAAGGCCACAAACGCAUCCCGAGUGACGCCACAGCGAGCAGCAUCACUGGAGCUCCAGCAGGUGACUCCUCACAGCAGACACAAGGAGCAAAUGGAGACGCUGCCCUCAACCAAUCACUUACAUCUGAAUCAACCCUCAUCCAACCUGUUCAGCUUGGUGUUGGUGAUGCAGUGCAGGACCAAAGCAAAGCUGGACCAACUGUUCCUGCCUCUGGCUGUGCCACCAACACCCCUACACAGCCUGCAUGGAACCCAUUUGAUGACGACAACUUCUCCAACCUCACUGCAGAGGAAUUCAAAGCUGAUGACAAAAAGCCUAACGAUAUACCUUCAGAAACUGAGACAGCAUCCUGCGAAGAGUUGAUACCCGGCUUACAGGCCUCCGCUGUGGACAAUGCACCGCAAGAAACUGUUGAAAGACCAUCAUCCAUUCUUGAUGUGGAUUCAGGAGCCUCACUGUUGGUUGUCCCAGAUCCUUUCGGGACCCUCGAACUGUCAGGCACACCAGAGAAGCUGAUUGAAGGACUCAAAUCUCCAGACACAACCUCGCUCAUGCUUCCCGACCUGUUGUCGUUGUCUGAUCCCUUUGGCGGCUCUGUGGAAGACUCUGCAAAAAACCCCCUCACUGCAGACGACUCUCUCCUGGGGUGCUCUCUGAUCUCCGGUCCGUCCGCACCUCCAUCAGGGAGCAGUGCCCCCUCCUCUGUCUCCUCUGCCCCGACCUCUGCUGCCUCUGCUUUGGAUGAUUUUAGUCUGUUGUCUGGAGACUCUGCACAGCCUAAAGCGGACUCGUCUCUCCUCAUCUCAGACUUUGAGCCCCAACAAGCCAGUGCGGAGGCGGGCACAGAGGACGACGACGAGUUUGAUCCUAUUCCCGUUACAGGACGAAAGAAUUCCCAAGACCUGCAGAGGGAGCUCAACAGUAAUACACUCAAAGCCAUUGGGACUGUGCAGUUCACUGAGGAGAAGCAAAGGAUGUUGCAGCAGAGGACUGUUGCAUGUGUCUAUACUGAACACAUGUUGCCUUCAGAUGAGAGCAGCAUUCAACACCAUACAACACCAGCUCCUUCCACCAGCCUGCAUACCAGACCUGUCAACCAAGUAUCUCAGUUCCCGUCUGAAAACAGCCCAGUCACCUUUGAUGUUUUCCAGCUGGCCCCUUUUAAAACACCAGGAAAAGAAAGCAAGAUGGCAUCCAGCAGCUCCUCCUUUUCUGCGUCUCAUAAACCUUCCGAGGUAUCUGAUGUUUUCCUGCAGGCACCGUUUGGAAAGAAGCUAGAAACCACCAAAGCUGUCCCUGAUAACGCUAACACACCACAGAUCCAAAGUAGCAGCCAGAGUCAUCUAGUAACAUCUCUUCCUGCUCCUCAGUCUCCUAGUACUCGUGUCCCUCCUCUGCACACGGAGGCGCCUCUGCUCCAGCAGCCGGUGGCGGUGCACCGGGUUGUCUCCAGGAUCGGUCAGCAGGCCGCUGUGGGUUCAGUAGCAGUGGGGCCUCUGCACUCCUGGACCAUAGGGGGAAGAGCUCUGGAGGACCCAUUUACUGCUGCGCCUUUUCAGCCAAGAUGUUCUCAGGGGAAACCUUGAUUAUAUAGUACACACAUCUUUUAAAAAUGCCAAGUCAGAGUCAGCUUUUUGUUUUUGCAACUUAAGAAGGAACCAAAGUAUGGUUCCGUUGCAGUGUUACACAAACCUCUAACGUAUUUUCACUCCUGACAUCAUUACUGCAGUAUUACAAUACUAAAUUAUCCUUUUAUCAAUUACGUACUUGUUUUUCUACCUCAGUCAUCUGAUUUGCUUUCAGACUGAGCACAAUGUUGUGCCAUUUCAGCACUUUACAAUAGUCUGAACAUGGACCGUGAGGUUCUUAAAGUGAACAUGAAGGAUUGGUUCUGACUGAUGAAAACACAAUUAAGGAUAUCAAAAAGGGUUUUGUUGAAAGCUGUCAUUUUUUUUUUACUUGCAUAACUUGCUGUUUAUUCAAAUAAUGAAUCAAAAAACAUUCAGUGUGUUUUUCAAUUAACAGGCCCAUAACUGAAAAUAUGGAGCUGUUUUAUUCAAAUCCUUACAAACAUGAUGCUACAUAAGCGCUUCAAUAAACCUGUCAGUGAAAAUGACAGUGAUUGCAGUUUAAAUCAGGGGUGCCCAGGCUUGUUUGGCUUGUGAGCUACUUUUAAUUUUGACCAGCUAUAAAUGAUCUAACAAAAAAAACAACAGCUUUAAUAGCAUAUCUGACAGUUAGACAUACAGUAACACCAAAUGCCCCUUCUGGGUUCUUCACAGAAAAACAGUGAGCAGAAUCACAAAUGUGUCAUUGAAGCAGUCUCUCAAAGUACUUUUUCAUUCCUUUCAAAGACAGUAGUGGUGUUAAGUAGUAGUUUGUGGUUCCAGCAGGUGUGUAGUGUUUGCUGAUUGCGUCUCUCUCUCUCUCUCUCUCUCUCUCUCUCUCUCUCUCUCUCUCUCUCUCUCUCUCUCUCUCUCUCUCUCUCUCUCUCUCUCUCUCUCUCUCUCUCUCUCUCUCUCUCCUUGACCGUCCCUUCACUUCACUUUGCUCACUACACUAGACACUAGUCAAUUUACUCGCUUUGCAUUCUGGGUUUGACAGACUGGCCGCUCAUACGUGUCAUUCAUGUCACACAUAUCAAUUGGUAGGUGCCAGAGGAAGGAGGGGCGACAACUUUUUUUUUUUUAAUGGCACUCAAGGCAAUUGACUGGUGGAUCUUGAUCGGCGUAUUGGGCCCCCCUGGUUUACCUUUUUGUUUACAGUUUAAAGUUGUGCCUAUCAGAGAUGUAAUUAACCUAAGUGGUUGCAGAUUCAGUAUCAUUGCUGCAAAAGAUAUAAAACUUGCUGAGAUGCAAUCCAAAGAAAUCCAUUGAAUUUCUCUUACACAGUUAAAGGAGAAAAAAAUAUUUAUGCAAUAGUUAUUUUCAUAUUAACAGUUAAAGCAAUGUAAUUUUAUAAUGAAUAUUUUGCAGAAAAGACAGGCAAAUUGCAAAAAAAAUCCCAAAUGGCUGGUCACUCAAGUACUGUACAGAUUUAUGAAGGAUUUAAAAGGGGACCUAUUAUGCUUUUCCUCAUUUUCUGUCAUAUUUAUAAUGUUAUAAUGUCGGAUGGUCAUAUGAAAUGUGGCUAAAGCGUCUAAUAAUGACAACAUUGGCUUGUGACAGAUUUCUUUAUAUGGUCAUUUGCUCCACGGGAGUUCACUGGUCUGCUCUGCUGACAUUGUGGCAUUUUUCCAUCGUUUUGGUUGUAGUCGCAUGGUCGCACCGAGCCAUGACUCCAUUACUCAGCACUGCAAAAUAGUAGUAAUUUGUUUACCUGUUGAAGGUGUGCUGGUCAUCUGCAGUUCUUCAUCAAACAUCUCACUGGCUGUUUCUGCUGGUAUUAUUCCUCCAUGCAUUAUUUCUAAUUGAUCCAGUGAACAAAGAUAUAUAUACACAUGUUGUUGUAUAGAACAGUUUUUAUUAAAUAAUAGUGCCGCUAACGAAAGUCUGCUAAUUCAGAGAUGAACACAUUUCAUUGCCUUUACAUUCUUUGCAAUAAAAGUCUCCUGUUACUCCUCCUGUUAGUCAUUUAAAAGCUUUAAAUAUGAAGCACCAAAAGCAGGAAAUGUUGGGUUUGCAUCGGCGGUAACGUAACAUGACUCUGAUAUGGCUGCCCUUCACUUGGCUUCUUGAAGCUGGCCCAUCAGAAUAGAAUGAGGGGCUGCAUAAAGGGCCAAUAUUAGAUAAAUACAGAGUUUUUUUUAACUGUGAAUCAUGCAAAGCUACUUUAGUGGACUCCCAGAAUAAAAAUAUAGAGCUGGAAAUGAGCAUAAUAGGUCCUCUUUAAGAAUUUCAAGUUUACCUGCUUUACUGCUUAAGAAUUGUUACAUUUGCUGCUUCAAUUUUCCUUCACAUUGCACCAGUGUUAUAUGAUUAUAGUUGUCUUUGUUUGUUUUUUAACUGUUAUUGUUUUUGUCUCUUUCUUGGUACUACAAUGAAAACAUAUCAUGUCUGUGGUCCAGAUCCACUGAUCAUAGACUACGCAUCAUCUCUACAGAGUUAACUUUUAAGUAAGCUGUUUUUUUAAAGUUGUACGAUCUUAAUUAAUGCUUAUGAGUUGCUUAGCGACCUGGCACAGAUACAGUAGGGACUUUUUGUAAACCAUGCUGCCUUUGCUUGCUGUAUUUUGUUCAUGUAUAAUAUCUUUCAUUUAUAUUAUCUAGCUAUUAAUACUGGACAUUAGGAAAGUUUGUAUGUGAAAGAAAUUAACUAUGUAUUUUAUUAAAGGUUUUGAAUAUAA